CUCUAUCUAAAACAUGCGGUCCACAAACUCCCGCCUGAAUCUGCAACUUCUACACGUCUGAUGGUUGGAAAAACGGCUUUUCCGUUUUAGCAAUCUCCCACCCAAAAUCCCAAACCAUGUCAGUUGCACCUCGCCUCUACUCUCCCUUCCUCCACCCCUUUCCUUAUUCCCAUCCAAAACUCUCUCUUCCUCUCUCCUCUUCUUCUCAUAAUCACACCAUCAGAAGAAAUCAACGGCCACCCACUUCUUAUCCAAGCAUUAGGGCCGUGGAUCUUGACCAAAACACACUGGUAGCGGUAUCGGUGGGCGUCGUGAGUGUUGCCAUUGGUAUCGGCAUUCCAAUCUUUUAUGAAUCUCAGAUUGAUAAUGCGGCAAAACGUGAAAAUACUCAACCUUGUUUCCCCUGUAGUGGAUCAGGUGCUCAGCAAUGUAGAUUUUGCAUGGGAUCGGGAAGUGUGACAGUCGAGCUUGGUGGGAGCGAAGCUGAAGUUUCACGAUGCAUCAAUUGUGAUGGUGCUGGCACUUUGACAUGCACGACCUGCCAAGGCUCUGGGAUUCAACCUCGCUACCUCGAUCGCAGAGAAUUCAAAGAUGAUGACUGAAGCUUGAGUGAUCAACGAUUAGCAGAUGCAUGGCGAUCAGCAGAAAAUAUUGUAUAUUGAGUGAUUGGUGUGAUCGGCGAUUAGCAGCAUAUCAUACAUGCCAUUUCAUGACAUUGCCAUUAACUUAUGGAAGAACAGAUUUUGUAUGGAUGUACCAUGUGUUGUUCAAUUGUAUCGAAUUCUGAAAUUUGUCAUUGCCAUUCUUUUAUUUA